UUAAAACCUUGGUAAAUGCUUACAACUAAAGUCUUACGCAUUUUCUCUCUUUUUCUAAGGACAAUUUGUGUCUUUUUGUGUAUCGUGUGUCAGAAAUUUGCAAAGGGUCAAACCCUGCUGGACAUGGUGUGUGGCCAUCUGAACCUGCUGGAGAGGGACUACUUUGGCCUUUCUUUCGUGGACACAGACAACUCCAAGAACUGGUUAGAUCCAUCCAAAGAGAUUAAGAAGCAAAUUCGAGUUGGUUUCUGGAAUUUGGGUUUUUCUGUCAAAUUCUACCCUCCAGACCCGUCUGUUCUCAUUGAAGACAUCACAAGGUACUAUUUGUGCCUGCAGCUGAGGGAUGACAUCCUGUCCGGUCGUCUCCCUUGCUCAUUUGUCACUCAUGCCCUUUUGGGCUCCUACACAGUCCAAGCUGAACUUGGGGACUAUGACCCUGAGGAACACGGCCCAGACUAUGUCAGUGAAUUUCAUUUUGCACCCAAUCAGACACGUGAGUUGGAGGAGAGAGUAAUGGAGCUGCAUCGCAACUACAGAGGAAUGAGUCCUGCAGAAGCAGAGAUGAACUUUCUUGAAAACGCCAAGAAGCUUUCAAUGUAUGGUGUGGACCUGCAUCAUGCCAAGGAUUCAGAAGGAAUCGAUAUAAUGCUUGGUGUGAGCGCCAAUGGGCUGCUUAUCUACCGUGACCGCCUCAGGAUCAACCGAUUUGCAUGGCCCAAAAUUCUCAAGAUCUCAUACAAAAGAAGCAACUUCUACAUCAAAAUCCGCCCUGGAGAGCACUUGGUUCUACCACUGUCUUUUUCCUCUUCACCUCCUCCACCACCUCCACCUUCACUCCUUCCCCUCACCACUCAGUAUGAACAGUUUGAGAGCACCAUAGGCUUCAAGCUGCCUAACCAUCGGGCCUCCAAGCGAUUGUGGAAGGUCUGCAUUGAACACCACACCUUUUUCAGGUUGGUUUCCCCUGAGCCUCCUCCAAAGGGCUUCCUUGUGAUUGGCUCCAAGUUUCGAUACAGUGGGCGGACCCAAGCCCAGACCAGGCAGGCCAGUGCUCUGAUCGACAGGCCUGCCCCUCAGUUUGAGAGGUCGGUGAGCAAGCGGUAUAUGCUGCCCCGAAGCAUUGAUGGAGCUUCGGCCCUGGGGGAUAGUAUGGACCAACUGUCACAGAGGAGCUCCAGUGAACGCACACAGUUCAUGUCUAGAGAGGACCUAGACCAAGAGGGCAGCUUCGACCUGGACCAUGAUCAGUAUCAAUACCAAGACAAAGACCAGGAGCGAUAUGCAGAUCUUGAAGACGAUCAUGAAGAGCACAGUCAGAAGCAGACGUUUGGUGGCCGCAUCCCAACACCCACCAAAGCCUUAGAGGUCAAGGGUGAGGAGGCAGGCUCGCCUGUAGACCCAAAACCUGAGCAGUUCUUGGACAAGCCUGAAGAUGUUUUACAAAAGCACCAGGCCAGCAUCAAUGAGCUGAAGAGGGCUUUGAAGCAGCCCAACAGCAAAAUGGCACAGAGGGAGCGCCUGUCUUCAGCCACUCCACCUGGAGGAGGAACUCCAGAGCGAAAAUCAGCAACCGUUGGCGUCAGGGUGAUAGACAAGGAGGAUGCUUGUGAGGGAACUCUGGAUCCUCACUCUAAAACAGAAAAGAGUAAAAUUACGUCAAAAGUUUCGGAAAUAUUUGCAGCCACAUCUCGGGCCGAAACCGUUGGGAGCAAUUGUUCCUGGGAAUCUUCCAGAACAAAAGUGGAAACUUUUUUACAUGCAGCAGAACUCAAGGAAAUGAAACAGUUGGACAAUACAAUAACUGCUAAUGGGCAUCAUGACUCAGCCUUAAUGAGGACCGCGUUUAAUGCAAACGGCCACGACUUUCCCUCUGACAAACUGAUGAGUGAAAUGAGGGGAAAGUAUCGCUGCAAUGAACAUAAAGACAACGCGAAGGUUGCUGAAUCUUCUGUGGCUGUGGAUUCUUUCCUGAAGGGUGGCAGGGACGGAAGUGAGAGUCACUCUCCACACUAUGAGGCUUGGAAAAUGAAAGACUUGAGCCCCACAGAGGAAAAGGAUUGCAACAACUUUGGAAACUCAAACUCCCAAAUCCCCAAAAUAAUUCCUCUGAAGCCACAGAGAUCAAAGAAGUCUUUGAAUAAAGAGAACCAAGACGGUGUUCAUGCUGAGAGUCGGUCAGACAGGAACGCCGCUGCUGCAUCUGGAGAAUGGACAAAAGCCUCCUGUGAGUCAGCGAGGAGUCUGGAUGACACUGCUGGACGGCACUCCUCUCCGCUUUGUCAACAGACCAAGAACGAGUUGUUUCCAAAGCAGGAACUCAAAGACCGCAGGGAUACGACGGUGCAAGGUCAGUGGACAAGAGGGGUUGUUCUCCAUGAAGAUCGUUUCCAUAACAUCUCAGAGUUCUGCUCAAAAUUUUCAGCUCCUCCCCGCACUCUGCCUCUGAAAAUUCAUUGGUCCCGAGACAGGCCGAGCACCGUAGACAGUAGCCACAUCCACUUCCGGACCCCCAACCCCGAGUCAGCCAAGAGGAAGCAAGCGGAGACUCCUCCUACGCCCGCGAUUCACGAAGAGCCUCUCAGCGAAGCCUCAAGGGAACCAUGGGAGAGACGUCUGGGCUCAGUAUCUGAGGAUGACCAAGACCAUGACAUCCUAUACCUGAGGGAAACCCACUUGGGCAUUGAGCGCAAAUGUUCCAGCAUCACUGUUAGUUCCACAUCCAGCCUGGAGGCCGAAGUGGAUUUUACCGUCCUCACAGACCUGCAGACGGGCAUGGAGGAGUUCUCCAGGGGGAUGUCGGAGUUAGGAGAGAGGGAUUUGUCACCUGAUGGAGGGCUCUGCAUGGGCAUCGACUUGUUGCAGCACCAAAAUGUCCCUGAACCGCCCCCACCUGUAGUGCCAACUCCUCUUCCUAGAGGAAGCACCAGUAGUCCUCCAGCCAAACCUGUCCAAACUGAGGAAGUCCGGCCAGAGGUCAAACGGCCUGAAGGACAGCCUGCUGUUCCCAAAAAACCAAAGAGGUCGGUGCCGGUGUCAUCUUCAGUGGACAGGGACCAUCCACAUAAAGACGCCAGUCGCAUCACAGUUGCUGCACCACUGAGCAGAGAGCCCAGCGAUGUCAUGCCCACCCCGGCGGUGAGGAAGACCGACGUCAGGACGGAGACUCAGCCGAACGGGUCAGAGGUCACCACCACCAUUGUGGAGUUCACAGAUCAGGAUCACGCCAUCACUGGUCUAGGCGAGGUUUCAUAUUCCACGAGACAAAGUGUGUCUCCGGUGCACAAGGGCACUUUUGGGCGAGAGACACCAGGCUCUCCCAUCCUCGUCACUGAAAACGUUACCUCGGCAACCACUCACGUCACAAAGACUGUGAAAGGAGGAUACUCAGAGACGAGGAUCGAGAAGAGAAUCAUAAUCACAGGAGACGAUGAUGUAGACCAGGAGCAGGCUCUGGCUAUUGCAAUACAGGAAGCAAAGCAGCAGCAUCCAGACAUGCAGGUGACCAAGGCCGUUGUCGUCAGGGAAACGGAAUCAUCCGUCGGGGAUCGACAUGGAGCAUCAUAGGUACAGGCUACAUCUUUACCCCCAAAUGAUGCUCCAUUAUACAGUGUCCUCUUAAUUCUUUUGAGCUCCAGUCACAGUGAUUUAGAUCUUCCCUCUCUGCAGUCACAGUUUGUGCAGACAAGAGCGCCCCCCUUUGGACCAGAUGUGUCAGUACAUGACUUUUAACUGCGACCUUCCGUCCUGGCCAAUGAGUGUCCGCAGUGUCUUGAUGGAGCCUCUUGUUUCAGUACAAAAAAAAAAAAGACUCCUUUAAUUUUCUUCUCCUAUUUUUAUCCAAGUAUUCAUAUCAUAAGUACUCUGGUUUUUACAGUCAAGCGGGAAAAAGGUUUAAAAAAAAAAGCAACAACAAUAAUGUGCCAUCAAAAAUCCCAAACAUCCUACAAAAUUUGACUUGAUCCAAUCAAACCCUUUCAAUUUCUCAGGGCCUCUAUAUCCAAGUCACCUGCUCAAGCACUUCUUCAAAGUCAGAUGGAAAGGAUUCAGAAGGGGCAUUUUUAGAAUAAAGUAGGAUCAUAUUUGCAAUAGUUCUCAUUUCAUGCUGAGAGCAUCAUUUAGAAAACUAGAAAAAUAAGUAUUUUACCUGAAAACAGGUGUGAGGAAAAAAGAAAGGAAAACAAAAAAGUUCAUUUCCUACGUGGUCGCUUGGAGAAUAACACACGUGUGGUUUCUUUAUUGUUAAAGCAUUGCAACAAUUCUAGUCUGGUGCUUUAGUUCUAACAGUGGAUCCUUGUAAUUAAUGGGUUCUCUCUUUUCACAUUGUGUAAUGAUGGAGCACCAGAAAACAUCAGAGUCCAGUUGGACCUCUCCCUCUUUCUGUCUGACAUGAAUACUUCCCCCUGCUUGAUGUUUUUCUACUAUGAUAUGCAGGCGGCGUUUAUGCAACGUGGAAAGGAAACUGUAGGCGACUUUAGGAGCUCCUAAUAGAAAUUCAUGCUAAACCGCUGCAUCGAAGUUUGGGAGCACACUUUUGUUCUGGAUCUAGUAGCUUCCAGUACCUGUCUGGUCCAGUGUUUAAAUGUGCUUUCAGUGCUCAGCAGGAUGAGCUGCCUCUUUGUUUUGCUAAUGCGCAGACUAAGCUCGCAUUGCAACUGCAACGGUGAAUUAAAAGACGUAAGCACGAUCACACGAUUCACAUUAUUGGAGUCUAAAAGGUGGAUAUACAUUGACAAUGAUAGAUAUGUUAUUAGAC